AUGGCGCUUCAAGAAAAAGUUCGGUCUGCCACCAUGGAGGCUGCUGAAGACAUCAUCUAUGGAUCUAUCGCAGGCAUUGCCGGAAAAUACAUUGAAUACCCCUUUGACACCGUCAAGGUUCGACUGCAGAGCCAGCCCGACCAUCUACCGUUGAGAUACACGGGCCCCUUGGACUGUUUCCGACAAUCUAUAAAAUCCGACGGCCUUCGCGGGCUGUACAGGGGAAUCAGCGCCCCUCUGUUUGGAGCUGCUGCAGAGACUAGCAGUCUCUUUCUAUUCGAGAACGUGGGACGAGAGAUGCUUUACCGAGCUCAUAUAGCUUCUCGAGACAAGGGGCUGUCACUUCCCGAGCUAUGGUUGACUGGUGCUAUAUCUGGAGCCUUUACCUCCUUCGUCCUGACGCCGAUCGAGCUCGUCAAAUGCAGGAUCCAAGCCCCAGCGCUAUCAGAGGGAGCACCUGCAGCACCUCUACGGCCUGUAGCUGUUAUUCGGGAGGUGUAUCGGCAUGAGGGGAUCAGGGGCUUUUGGCACGGCCAGCUUGGCACGCUCAUCAGAGAGGCUGGCGGCUGUUCUGCUUGGUUCGGAGCCAAAGAGACGGCCACAAAAGCAUUCUAUAAGCUGAGGCUUCGUUCUGCCACCUCUGAAAAGGAGAAGGAAGCAGUUCUUUCGAAGCCUCUCCCUUUGUGGCAGCAGGCUAUUGCCGGCGCAUCAGGAGGUGUCACAUACAAUUUCUUAUUCUUUCCCGCCGACACCAUCAAGUCUCGCAUGCAGACGUCACCUGUCGGCACUGGCCAACGUCGAAGCUUCUUUAGUGAGGGCAUGGCCAUUUGGAGGCACCACGGAUUGCGAGGGCUGUAUCGUGGGUGUGGCAUUACCUGCGCCAGAGCAGCCCCCAGCUCUGCCUUCAUCUUUAUGGUUUAUGACGGGCUGAAACGACAUGUUCCCAUGCAAUAA